AGUUUCUUCUGUUCGUUGCAGAGAAGCAAAAUUGUCAUUGAGAAUGAUUCGAUUGUCAGUGUUCGCGUUCGUUUGCGUUAUAUUUGUGCAAUGUGUGAUGUGCGGUGAUGUCUGGGUUGUUAAAGCCCCGCAAGGCUUCGUUUUCGACUCCACCAUACCAAUGAAGCAGAAUGAUGUUUCAUCUGUUCUCUUCCGCAUGUUUGGCAUUACCGAAACCUCCGAUUGCACAUGGCCGGGUCUUCUGCAGAAGAAUCCGUUUUCGUCGACUAAGAGGGUGAUAGUGGUUGCAGUUCCCCAUUCAACCGCCGAUAAAGAUCAGUACGUGUUCCCUGGCAACAAGAAGAUUCCACUCACCUCUGCUUUCAACCCGGAUACCUUGAUUUACACGUUGGAUCAUCCACUGUCUACCGUUUUUGGUCCG